AAAAAAAUAUUAAUAUUCAUAGCAUUUAUUUGUUUUAAAUUUUAGUGAUAUAAAAACGAAAUUAAUAAAGUUGUUAUAUGAAUUAAAGUUAAAACAAAAACAGAGCGCUAAUUAGCUGGCUAGAGCUAACGCCAGGGAGUUGGGCUGUGUCCUAAAUCGCGCGGAUGCUCCCUAAGAAGGUGCCCUAUGUAGGGCGCUAUAACAGGAUGUAACCUCUCAUACAGGAAGUAGUUAAGUACACUUUGCGAGUUGUUUUGGAUACAGCCCCAGGACGAUGUAGUGUGUAUGGGCGCGAGUGUGUGAGUGCGCGUGUGUAUAUGAGUGUAUGUAUGUGAGUGUGUGUGUGUAUGCGUGUGAGUGAGUGUGUGUGUGUGUGUGUGUGUGAGUGUGUGUGAGCAGCAGGAUGUCGGGCGAGGUGGCAGCCCCACGCUGCAGGGACAUUGAAAGGAAGGCGGGGUACGUGCGGCCGGAGGAGUGUGCGGUUCCCCCCCCUGUGCGGUCGGCGGCGCCGUCGGGCCGCUGGUGUAUCCGGGACGUGUGCGGCGUGGUCUGUGCGGCUCUCACCUGGUUCCUGGUGCUGUACGCCGACUUCGUGGUGAUGUUCGUCAUGCUGCUGCCCGUGAGGAACGCCGCGUACAGCGUGCUCAACGCCACCCUGUUCAACACCCUCGCCGUGCUGGCGCUCACCUCACACAGCCGCGCCAUGUGCACCGACCCCGGCGCCGUGCCGAAGGGCAACGCUACUAAAGAGUACAUAGAGAGUCUGCACCUGAAACCAGGUCAGGUCGUCUACAAGUGUCCUAAAUGCUGCAGCAUCAAACCUGACCGAGCUCACCACUGCAGCGUGUGUAAGCGCUGUAUCAGGAAGAUGGACCACCACUGUCCCUGGGUGAACAACUGCGUAGGUGAAAACAACCAGAAAUACUUUGUGCUUUUUACGAUGUACAUUGCUCUGAUAUCUCUCCACGCUCUCAUCAUGGCGGGGUUCCAUUUCAUCUUCUGCUUUGAGCAGGACUGGGCAAAGUGCAGCAGUUUUUCCCCCCCAACCACGGUGAUCCUGUUGAUCCUACUGUGUUUCGAGGGACUCCUCUUCUUCAUCUUCACCGCCGUCAUGUUCGGUACCCAGGUUCACUCCAUCUGCACCGACGAGACUGGUAUAGAGCAGCUGAAGAAAGAAGAGCGACGAUGGGCCAAGAAGUCCAAGUGGAUGAACCUGAAGGUGGUCUUUGGCCACCCGUUCUCUAUAGCAUGGCUUAAUCCACUCGCCAUGCCCGAACACGGAAAAUCGGACCUGUUCCAAUACAUCGUCUGACUCCGACUGUGUCCUAAUCCUGUAUAAGAAGUGCACUAAGAUGGCCUUAUUUUUGAUUUUCAUUUAUUUUAUUUUUUUUUCAUGGUGUGAUUCAGGGCGCGUCCUAAUCUUGUAUAAGAAGUGCAUUUUUCUGUUUUGAUUUUUUUCUACUUAGAUUAUAUUUUCACACUGUAUGGUGUGAUUGAUUUUAUAUAUAUAUCCUAAUAUAGAUCUAUAAAAUGGAUGAACAUUAACUAACUAGACAUUUGGGACAAAGCCAGUCUCAUCCACCAUGCUGUUGUGGAUUUUAAUUUCAAGAUAAAAUGAGGUCCAGUGAGUGAGGAAAAGGUUCACAUUUCUCAAUAUUGGAAACAUUGCCUUAAAUAUGUUACUUUUUUUGUUUGUUUGUUUGUUUACUGUUAUCAAAUAAUGUAUUUUAAAAUGGGAUGUACCAUCUCAUGGGGAUGGAAUGGGGUGUUACUAGUCAAACACUGACAUACACAGUUCACUUUUUUUGUUCUUUUUCAUUGUUUUUUUUUCCUUUUAAUGACUUUAUCUUUAAAUAAUGCUUUAUGAAAAUGUUGAUUUAGUUUUUAACCGAACAUUGAUAAGGACCUUGCAUAGAGUUUUGAAGAACAUUUCAUCCACUGAAGGUUUAUAUGAGAGGUGCACAUUUCAGAUGUCUGUGAAAGAGCCUCAGCAUUUUCUACACUUUACGUAAUGGACUAAUUCUUCUUCCCAAUCAGAAGCAGCAGCUAAUCCUGUUAAUAGAUCUCAGUCUGGUCCAGUAUACUGAACGUGAGAUGGACGACCAUUAGUAUCUGAACUAUUUCACAAUCUUGACCCCUAGGAACAAGGAUGUGCCUGUGUGUACAUGGGAUCAAAAUCAAAACUUAUUUUUUCUUUGGCUUUUAAUUGUUCACUUGAGCUUCUGGAGUAAUUCCACAGAAUCAAACCAUUUCAUUAAGUCGAAAGCCAGCUAGUAAUUAAACGAUGCCUCAGUCUCUGCCAAAAACAUUCAUCUUGGCCACUGUACCACUGUGAAAUGACUCUUCCAGAACAUAGCCAUGAGUCACGAGAAAGACCAAGAAGUCUACAAUCCUUUUUAAGAAGUCUUGCCACUUUUUAGUCUAAACCUGAACCAUGGCUGUAAAGAAGAGGGGCGUCUUUAGAGCAAGAAUGACACAGUGGAUUUAUUUGUACACAAACACAAACUUAACACCAUUUAUUUUGAUCUGAGACACCCUCCUGUCUGCAGCUGGUCCAAUAUUAUCACAGUGUUACUUGAAUCACUGGAUGGAGGGGCGUUUACUUGAUUUCAACUUCAUUUGUUUGCAGUGAUGGAAGAAGUUCCAUGAAUCGGUUUGAGGGAAAACCUACUUCUGCAUCUCUUACCCAAGCUCACUGCCUCUUCAGAACCAUUCUACCUAAUGAAUGGAAAAAAGUUUGUUUAUUUUUUGUAAACCGCAUUUUCUCUUCUAUGGCCAUUUGCCAGUUCUCAGCUUGGGAGCUUUCCUCCGUCACACAACAGCUACCAAUCAGGGUGGGUGAAGGCCAACAAGUGCUUCCUCUGAGACACGCUUUUGAUCUGCUCAUCCUGAACACUUGAAAAUGAUAACUGCCGUCUUUCACAUGCGUAAACUCACAGACACCCAUGAUUGGCUAGCAUUGGCAGGAUAGAGUGAAUACACCAUCCCUCCCAUUUUACCCCAAUCAAUCAAUCCCACUCAUGUAUUAAGAACAUGGUUAAGGGAAAACUCUAACAUGCCACCUAAUUCUCAAUUUCUAACACACUUUUUUUUAUUUUUCUUUUGUUGCAUUUCUUUGUUUGUUGAUUCUUUAUUUGAUGUCUCACUCCCAUCUCACAGUCAUUCUUCUCCCCAUACUGGUGAAGUGUGUCCUAGAGAGAUGUACACCCGUUUUGAGUAUACUGCAUGUUCAGAGAGGGUUCCUGCUACCCUUAAAUAUAGUGCUUGGCAUUUGGACCUUAAAUAUGGUUGCAUACAAUCUGACCACUUCUGGUGCACAACACACACUUUGGCCGUAAUCCAACUAUGUGUGUCCUGGACUUAUCUGCUAUUUGGCAAUAAUUGUUAAACCAGCAAGAAGCUUGAGGGAUUCACCAGCUUGUUUCUCCUGGCCUUGGCUUGGCUGUGUAUGAAGUAUAAUAUAUCAAAAAGCCAUGAGCUGGAGAUCUGGCAACCCCUUAUAUAUAUGCGUAUUGGCCACUCUGUUGGAUUGACUGCACGCCAUUAUAUAUGCCUGCUGAUGUAGGACCAGAAGAAUGUGAAGAGACUACAGCAGUUUUAAGUUUCCCAGAGUGCCAAUGUUGAUCUCUGUUCAGUCAAGAUACAGAACCAAAAGUUCACGGGGUGGAGAUGGACCUUAUCCAACUCCUCCUGUAAGCAUAACCCUAACCAGCUCAACACUGAACAAUAUGAAACAAUGCCGUUAAGACACUCAUCCAAGCUGAAACACACUGAGAUGUUUCUACCUGCUGAACCUCUGAUUUGGCGCCGUCCAGGAGCAGCUAGAUCAGAUCCGACUCCACCCUGUGGACGUUCUGUUCUGCAGCGAUGAGUACUUGUAGUUCAGUCUGUGCCUUUGGAUCUUGUGAUAUGAGAAAAGAAAAGGGGGUCUCUGUGGUCAGUAUCUUUCUUUUAAUCCCCUUUUUUUUGUCUUCUGGGUUUCAUGGGUUUUGUUCCAGCUGCUUUCACUCCAAUGUUUUAUGGUAAAUGCAAUAAAUUUGAAUGUUCUUUAUAUUUAA